AUGGAUGUCAAAACAGCAAGGGAAGUGGCGACGUCUAAUUCAUUGGAAAGAGAGGACCAGGGAAUUCUGAAAACAUCUGACAGCAAAGCUUCACAGUUGAAACAGAAGAAACCUAACUUGGAUGUACAUCAGAGGAAACAAAGAGCUCCGCGAAGCCAAGGAAGAUUUCAGCCUAAGGUCAGUAAACUGAUCUCAAGCAGCGUUUUCUUAACUUGCUUCAAUAUAUAACGCGUCGGAUAUCAAUGGAAUUAGUUGUUGCAUGAUCGGUUGUUUAUUUAGAAGUCAUUAGCUGUAUGAUAAGGUCCAACAUCAUAAAACAUUUUGGCCAAUUGGCCAAUUCAUAUGGUUAUUAUUUUAUAGUUUUUCGACCAGUUGUCGCCGCUUCAUCUAUAAUGAGAGACAAAUCACAGGUUAAAGUAUGAAACUUUGUUCAGUGUCAAAACACGAUCGUCUUUCCUUCUCAACCGGCCAUCAUUUUCGGUUCUAGCUGUUGUUCUUCCUACUGGAACUGUUUUUGUGGGACUGUUACGUUUGUCUAAUAGUAUUUGUAAACGUAUUUUUAGGUGAAACAAAAAUUAAGACUUUGCUUAUUAAGUCUCGAAAAAGUAAGUUAGAUAAAGUUUUUUGCAAUCGUCUACUUUACAUUUUGGCCUAUACGUAAAAGGAAACUGAAAGACCUUUAAAAAGCUCAAUUCAGCCUCAAAAAGAGACUACCGAUGGAGAUAUCAGGCAGGCUAGGUAUUUUUCUGAACACUUCAUACAAGACGCCCUUCAACAUAAUAGCAAUUCAGGGGUUCUAAAACCGGGCCUCUUCGUUGAAACAUUUUUCAGUAUGAAAUGUUCACCUAAGUCGUUCGCGAUGUUAUAUGUUAAGAUUGGUUGAAAAGUGAGGUGAGGGAAUUGAAAAAAGUACUCAAAUUCAGUGGAUGCCAGUGCGUGAAAAGGGUCACUGAAACGGUGUUAGCAACCAAGAAAACGUUGGACAUUCUUUGACGAUUAGCCGCUUUGGCAUGGAGGUCGACUUAAACAACGCAUCAAAAGCUUGUUCAAACAGUAACGAUUAGAAAUCAUGUAGUACUGGAUAAAAUCUUUCAUAAUUUGUCAGGGAGAUAAAGCUUGAAUUUAAAUUUUGAUGUGCGGGCGCUUUGCGUAUAUUAGUGCUAGCUAAUCGUACUCUUUUGUUGUUUAAACAGUCUUUACUUAAUAUAAAGGCGGUUCAAGACUUUUGACAAAUUCGUGGAUUAACGAUGAGCCUACCUGGCGCCUAUUUUAAAUGAAGGAUUAUUUAAUAUUUCUUUCUUUUAAUCAUUACAAACAGUAAUUAAUUUUUUGUCAAAGAAUGAUGUGAGUAUUUUGAUUUCACCAGCAAAUAAACGCAUGGACUGACUGUAGCGUCAACCAUUUGAGAAAUUUAUGACCAAAUAUUACAUAAGGGGUGACCCAAUCACAGUUUUGUUAAUUUCGAGGUCAAUAAGUGCCGCAGCAAAGGCUCAUAUUUGCGGGUAAUUCACGAAUAAGAAGCUUCUAAGACUUUUGACAUUCCAGCUAGUAGCAAAAAGUUACUAUCAUACGUCCAAAAGUGACUCAGACACUUGGAAAUGAGCUUUAAGUAAAAAAUAUAUCGUAAAAGUUCACAAAGUUUAUAAAACGGUCGCCGGGGAAGAGGGGAAGAAAGAAGUCAUUAAAGAGCAAAUUGUAAGCCAUCAACUCACCGUUAUAAUCAACCAAACGCGGAGAUUGCAACUAAUACACCAACAUUUUUCUCUAAAUUUGCUUUCUUUUAGAAGAAAGGUACCCUUAACUCACCUAAGCAACAGAAAAGCACAUCAGGAAAUGCAAUGCAGUUGACACCAGAUUUCCAUUCAAAGACUGCUGCAACUGCUGAGCAGAAGGAAAGUAAGGAAGAAGAAAGGUAAGUUUGCAUUCUAUUCAUAUGCUUCAAGGACCCUGGACUUGUAAAUGGUAACUUAAGCUUCGGCUUCUCGCCGGCGGGUAGGGCUAUAUGUCCACGCAUGUUCCUUUCUUUGUUUUCUGUUACUUCUCUCUUUUUAGCAAUGCAGCUUUUUAUCUGAUCUGUGUUCCAAUAUUUUUCUUCUAUUACCCAUUUUGUCUCAAAAUGAACGAUAUCUCGUGCAAGAAUCCAACUGACUUAAAAAUAUAGACUUCCGAGUUAACAAUUUUAUCAACUUGUAACGAAUAAUGUACACUUUAAUAGCUUGUGUAUUGCCUCUGACGACAGGAGAACGCAUACCUAAACUCAACCCGCGAGAGAUUGUGUUUGGGUCAUGUACCGGAAACGGAACUACGUCAUAGACCUUAGGGCUCUCGUUCCCAGAGCAAGUCGUUUGUUUUAGCUUGCGAAUACAGCCGUCUCUCGUACCAGCAAGAUGCCUGCUGUAUUCGCAGGCUACCCUUUUUUAAGACCAAGAUUGCUUUAGAGAUAAAACAUAGUUGUUUAGAAAUGCUACUAGGGAAAACGCCCAAGUCUGGUCCCUCCGGC